UCUCUCUCUCUCUGUGUGUGUCUCCCUCUGUCUCUCUCUCUGUCUGUCUGUCUCUCUCUCUCCCUUCUUGCUUGGUAGUAACUAGGAAGAAGGAGGGGUGGGCACAGGAAAGAGGGAAAAGAGAAAACAGAAAAAGAAUUGCAUGCCACUGUGUCUGAAUAUAUCCUCUACUUGUAGAUAAUUCCAUCUAAUUUGCUCUUUUGUCUUUUUAUUUCCGUUUUUGGACACCUCCUUUAUAUCCAGCCAACUGGGAUAGACAAAGCACUGUUGGUGCCCUGAGCGACAGAACUCUGGUAGGGGGCUGGCUGUAAAUUGACGUGGCAUGGAAAUUCUUCGCUAAGUUGUAGCAGCUUGCAUGUUUCUCCUAAGAGCAAGCCCAGCCUCCCGGAGCUGUAGCUUAAUCAUCAUGGGUUCAACGACUUUACAGAAAAAUGGAUAGAAGUCUUCUGCUCCUUUCUUUGGACUCAAAUGUUUUCUUUUUGAAUAUCUAUGAUUUAGCUGAAAAAAUCAAAGCAGUUAAGUCUGUAACUUUCUUUUUGCAGCUUAAACAACAGAAUUUGCUGCUCUCCCUCCCCUAUCCUGCAAUUUAAUUCCUUACAGAUUUUGCCAUGGGGUGCGGACUUAGAAAGCUAGAAGACCCUGAUGAUAGCAGCCCUGGAAAAAUAUUUUCUACCCUGAAGAGACCGCAAGUGGAAACAAAGGCAGAAUUUGCUUACGAAUAUGUAUUGCUGGAUUUUACUUUACAAGCUUCACCACAUCCAGCAGUCAUCAAGAUAAAUUCAAUUCCAGAUAUAGUAACAAAAGUGGAGGACUACUAUCUUAAAGGAUAUAUUGUUGGGGCUAUUCAUCCUGUUAUACAACCUAUGGGGCAGCAAAAACACCUACCUGCAAGUUACCUGUACAGGGUGGUGCUAUCACGCUUGAAAUUAAGCACGAAGCAUUCAGCAGCUCCCAGUGGACAAAGACGCCCAAGGCUUGUGAUUGAGGAAUGUCCUUUAACUUAUGAGACACAAACAAAUGACUCAGCAAAAGAACUGAUAGAAAAGAUUAAUAUAGCCGCUAAAAAAGGAAUGAAAUUUGUUGGAUUCAUAUCACAGUAUUGUCCACCCCUUAAAUUCUGCAAUGGAACCAACCAUGAUGGAGAUAUAGAAUCAGCACUUCAUGUUAGACACAGUUCAGAGGAAAACUGCAAAAGCUGGAAUGAAGGCACAUUCAGUGGGCAGUCAUCUGAAAGUGGAAUUGAAGAAGAACUGCAUCAUGAAAGUGGACAGUGUCAAAUGGAACUAGACGGCAGCCCCAGUUUUUCUAAAUCAAGAAAGGAAGAAGAUAACAAGUUGUAUACAGUCUUCAAUGUUUUUGAUGAUGAAUCUACCUGCUGGACCUAUCAGGAAGGCAUCCUGUCAAUGAAAGUAACAAGAAAAGGCUCGGUUGUUAGUACACUUGAUGCCGAUUGGCUGGAGUUAACUACAUUUUAUUAUAAACAAGGCUUAUCUUUAAUUGAUUCUUUUGUAUGCUGGGAAACAUCUAAAGGGGACCCUUCGCCGAAAUCUUUGGAAGGAUUCUUUAUCUAUGAAGAAGAAGGUUCUGGAGUUCCAGGAUCCAGCAGGAAAGGAAAUGAUGCCAUCGUAGUAGAACAAUGGACUGUUAUUGAGGGCUGUGAAAUCAAAACUGAUUACGGGCCUCUGCUGCACACACUGGCUGAGUUUGGAUGGCUCCUGACAAGCGUGUUGCCUACACCUAUACUGAGACAUGACAGUGAAGGGAAUUUGGCUACAAAGCAAGUUGUGUUUCUUCAGAGACCAGUUAUGUGGAAUUCAGCUGCUCAAACACCAGAAAGGCGAGGCAGCCGGCACAUGAAAGGGGAAGACAGGAGCAAAGUCACCAGCAGGAGCAUCGGACUGGACACGGCGCUGUCGCACCCUGCAGAGAGCAGAAGCCCGGCCGAGGGGCGCCUUCUCUCUCCCUCUAGAGAAUGCUGGAUGAAGGAGAAGAGGCCUGCCCAGCCCAGCAGCUUCUCCGGGCUCAGCAGCAAUGACAGUGUCCUGCGGGAACUAGACGAUGGACAGUUUGACCAGGAAGAUGGAGUAACUCAGGUCACUUGUAUGUGAGCAAAGAAGGAAAGCCACAGAGGCCUUGUAAAUAAUAAUGAGUAAAAUAAUUGCCAAGUGACUUCAUUGUAUCACUUUACCUGCAUUUACAUAAUACUUUGAAUUUUUCCAGACUCAGGCUGUCCUCUAAUCUAUGUAAACUUUGGCUCAACCUCCCAGGCACGGAAGAAUAACCAACAUAUUUGUACAUUUAGAAUCCUGUUUAGAGUUCUCUCAACUAAAACAUCUGUUUAAACAGAUGUCUCAUUAGGUUAUUAACCCAUAAUGUACUUCAGUUUCUCAUGAAUGUUCAAGGUAUAAUUUUCUUACAGUUCCUGGUAAGACGACUAAAUUUCUCAACCAGUAUCUUUACCUAAUUAGACAAUUCUCAGGAAAUUAGAGUCUUACUUAAAACUGAAAUUCUCUCUCUCUCACUUACACACACAUAUAAAGGGCUAAUUAAUAAAAUACCUAUUUCCUGAAUAUAGCAGUCUAAAUUUUGUCUUUAACUGUGUUAUGUAUAUACAAAGCAAACCUAUUUGUUAAAAUAGUCUUUGAAAAAGAAUCUGUUUUGAAUGUCUUUGGUUUUAAAGAGUCACCGUGCUACCCACCCUGUACUGAUUCAUUGAGCUUCAACUGUGAUGCUUCUAAUAGCCUAACAAAGAGCGAAGCAGCAUCCCCUAAAAUUCAAUGUGAAAAGAACCCACAAGCUCAAUAUUUAAAAACCUUAACAGAAUUAAUUUUCUUUUAAAAAAUGUAAAUAGUCUAAAAACUAUGUAAAGUUCCAUCAACUUUAAAUGGAAACUGAAGUCUUUUAUAUCUCUCUAGAUUUGAGUUAUGCUUUUAUUUUGAUUGCUAAUCAUAAAGAAUGUGGAAACCCAGAAUUUUCACUCCUGAAAGAAUAAAAAAUGCUCUAGCACAUGCAAUGUGUACAGUGACCAUCUCUGCUUUUCUUGCUCUGUUACUAGGAAUACAUUUGCCUUUCCCAGCCUUUAACAGAGAUUUAAAGGCUCACUUUGAAAUGUGAGAAAUUUUAGAUGAAUUACAACUGACUGUGCCAUUGAUGAAUUCAGCCUAUUAUAUAUUUUUAUUAGCAUUGGCAUUAUAAGACCAUUUGAAUAAUAAA